CUACACAGCAGUGACCAGCAGAUGGAGACGCCAUGACCCCCAGCCUCACGGCCCUGCUCUGCCUGGGGCUGAGUCUGGGCCCCAGGACCCGAGUGCAGGCCGGGACCCUCCCCACACCCAGGCUCUGGGCUGAGCCAGGAUCUGUGAUACCACGGGGGAAGCCUGUGACCCUCUGGUGUGAGGGGACCCUGGAGGCCCAGGAGUAUCGUCUGGAUAUAGAGGGAAUCCAAGUGCCCUGGGACAAACAGGAGCUACUGCAGCCCAGGAACAAGACCAAGUUCACCAUAGAACACAUAACAGAGCACUAUGCAGGACGAUAUCGCUGUUACUACCGAACCCCUGCUGGCUGGUCAGAGCGCAGUGAGCCCCUGGAGCUGGUGGUGACAGGACCCGACAGCAAACCCAGCCUCUCGGCCCUGCCCAGCCCUGUGGUGACCUCAGGAGGGACCGUGACCCUCCAGUGUGGCUCAUGGUGGGAAUACGACAGGUUCAUUCUGACCGAGGAAGGAGGAGACGGGCUCUCCUGGACCCUGGACUCACAGCCAGGCCCCAGCGGACAGGUCCAGGCCCUGUUCCCUGUGGGCCCUGUGACCCCCGGCCACAGGUGGACGUUCAGAUGCUACGGUUAUGACCGGGGAAAGCCCCAGGUGUGGUCGGAACCCAGUGACCCCCUGGAGCUCCUGGUCUCAGGGCUGCCCAGGAAGCCCUCCCUCCUCACCCAGCAGGGCCCUGUCCUGGCCCCUGGACACACCCUGACCCUGCAGUGUCGCUCUGACAUCACCUAUGACACAUUCGCUCUGUCCAAGGAGGGGGCCCGGGACCUCCCCCAGCGCCCUGGCCGGCAGCCCCAGGCUGGGCUCUCUCAGGCCGACUUCCCCCUGGGCCCUGCCAGCGCCUCCCUCGGGGGCCGCUACAGAUGCUACGCUGGACACAGCCUCUCCUCCGAGGGGUCGGCCCCCAGUGGGCCCCUGGACAUCCUCUCUCCAGGACAGCUCCCUGUCACACCCUCCCUCUCGGCGCAGCCGGGACCCACGGUGUCCCCAGGAGAGGAUGUGACCCUGCUGUGUCAGUCCCCCGACCCGGUGGACACUUUGCUCCUGUCCAAGGAGGGGGCCGAUGCCCCGCUGCGUCUGCGAUCAGAGUCCCGAGCUCAGCAGUACCAGGCAGAAUUCUCCAUGGGCGCUGUGAGCUCAGCCCUCGGGGGGACCUACAGGUGCUGUGGCUCUCGCAGCUCCGCCCCCCACCUGCUGUGGCCCAGCGACCCCCUGCAGCUCUCCAUGUCAACCUCCCGGCCCCAGCGUCACACAGUGGAGAAUCUGGUGCGGAUGGUCCUGGCCGGCCUGGUCCUGCUGGCCCUCGGGAUCCUGCUCUUUGAGGCUUGGCACAGCCAGAGAAGGAACCAAGACGCAGCCGGACUGACCACGAGAGAGGACGGUGCAUCUCCUGAGGAGCAGAGGCCUGGACCCUCAUCUGAAGUUCCCAGCAGAUCAGGGAAGACGACCUGGGGCUGUCAGGUGGACGCUGUCAGCUGAGAGCGCUGUGAAGAUAAAUGCCUGGCAGGUUCGGGCCCGGCUGGGCGGCUGUGAAAGAGACUGUGGCUCUUUCCCUCCCUGCUGGAGUUCGGAUCCAGUCGCUCCCUGCUUUUCUCACCCCAGCACCUGAGGGCCCAUCCCCGGCCCGUGUGUGACUGCAUCUUUGGCCCUCAUGUUCUGGGCCCCUUCUGUGGGCUGCGUUUCCUUUUCAUCCCCGUAUUCCUUGACCUGCACCAGUAAGUCUGUCUCCAUAGCUCUGAAAAUGAAUCUGGGGUAAGUGAAUGAAUGGUAAACGUAGAUUUCAAACCUCAAAGCAUAAGUCCAGUCUGGUGCUGUUGCACCCACCAGGGACCCCGAGAGACUCCACUCUACCCUCAGGGCUACCUUGUGUUUUCCUGAGAAACAGCAUCUUUUGGAAGCAACACACCGCUCUGAGUGUCAGCUUCAUGUUGGGCUGGGAACCAGCUCUCUGAAAACAAGUUUUCAGCCCAGUGUGGGUCCCAGUCCUGAAAUCUCAGCACUCUGGGAGGUGGAGGCUGGUGGAUCGCAAGUUCAAGCCCAACCUGGACAAUUUAGCAACUUACUGUGACCCUGUCUCGCAGUGACGACCUUGGGUUACACACGGGAGGUGUGUGUGUGCAUGGCAUCCCAAGACACUUGACAGGAGGACGGAGCCUGUCAGGGAGCAGGGAUGACGCACGAGAUCCGUACACCACGCGGAGGAGAGGAAAGCAGGGCACUGGGAGACGGUGAAAAUGAUGAGCAAAAAUGUGAUUUCCAACACAGAGGUAACAAAUGAAAGGUUAGGAAAGAAAGCGUUACUGUGUUGCAUGAUGUUCAGCGUAUGAGGAUAUGUAUUAGUGAAGAGAUGCCUAAAACAUCUUCCCAAACUCUAACAUCCCUGACGACGCUCUCUCCUUCGCGCCUGGCCCUGAGACGCGUCUCUCUUCUCCCCAUGCCAUCCUACGCUGUACCUAUAGCGGAAUUCAUGGUGAGUUCUGCUGCGUGCUCCGUGGUCACAGUCCAGGACUGGGCUGCGGCACAAAGGAUGAAAGAUUACUCGGACUCCACGUCCAGUGCAACCAGGAUCCCGAGUGGGAGUCUCGAGGACAGCCCCAAACUGCAGCUUCUGUGACUUUCCACCGAUGACCGAGACGGAAGUGAGAAGGACAAAAGGUGGGCAUCUGUGCAGGAGUCCACAUAGGACGGGAAGGACGGGGCCUCCGUGCACGACUGACCUCGGGGCCCUGUGCGUGAUCAGUUAGAUAAGGGGAGCACGGGCCCAGCACGCAUUCCUGAGGCUCUGAUCCCACCGGACUGUGGCCCUCCGGGUGUCUUUUGGUCUUCGACCAUGCGUUCCAGGAGGUUCUGUGCUCGUGGCCCCCAAGCCCCUUUCCCCUGCCUGUCCACCUCAUACACACCCCAGGCCCGUCCCCGCCACGUCCGCCUGUUUUUGUUUUGUAUGUGGGUCUGGGAAAGAGGGACAGUGUGAUGGGCAGAGGGGGGUCGGGCUGCGUAGAGGAAGAAGAUCAUCGUGGCUUCGGCCGCAGCCUCUGGUGAGAUCGUGCACAGAGGGUCUGAGAGGGAAUUCCUCCGCCAGAAAGCACCUGUCAUGAGGUAGUAAACUCCGGGCCUGAGUGUCCAGAGGCCGUGAUCCCUGCCAUAACCCCUUAAAGGGCCAGGAGGGGCCAGGCAGGCUCCGCCAGGGUGAGAGUUACCCUGGGAAGCGCGGGGAGGCUGAGGUCUCCCUGGGGCUGUGUCUGGGGCGGGUUCUGUGCACACAGGUCCCGCUGUGUCCCUUCCGCAUCACCUUGUCUAGGUCGGAUUGGCCAUUUUCUCUCAGUGUCUUUGGAAUCUUUUUAAGUUAUUUGGGGGCCUGUUAAAGUUAUUGUCUUAGAUAAUUAAAACCCAACAGUUCUCUUUGCUCAGAAACCGUUUCAUUAAUUUUUUUGUUAGUGUUAAUUUGUAUUAGUACAUGCUCAUGGUGCAUGUAGUUUGCAAACGCUUAAAAUGCAAUGUGGGUUGUAGUGAAUCUAAGACUAAGCCUCAUUCUCAAGCCUUAAAUUAACAUAGAAAAAUGAGCCUGGGCUCUGGGCCUGAGUCCGUGGACCUCGGGGCACAGUGCUGUUAAGCCAUGGCUCAGGUCAGAGACAGGACCUUCUCUGUUCCGCGAUAACCGUCCUCUCAGCUCCACUUAGCUGCUAGCGCAGACAGCGGAAGUGAGGGUGUUGUGCA